AUGAAUAAUGUGAUGAUGGAAAUCAAAAUGAUGAUGGAUGUGAUAAUUGCUAAUUGCAAUAGCAAUAGCAAUAGCAAUAGCAAUAGCAAUAGCAAUAGCAAUAGCAAUAGCAAUAGCAAUAGCAAUAGCAAUAGCAAUAGCAAAAAGAGUGUACUCUAUAAGAAAAUGGUUAAUGCAAAGAGUGUAAUGUAGAAGGAUGGGAAUUUAAUAUAAAUAAAUGCACUCAGAUAUGCGGAGAUUAAAUAAUUUUGGGUAUGGAAGAAUGUGAUGAUGGAAAUACGAUUCCAUUCGAUGGAUGUCAUUAAUGCAAAAUUUGAUGUGAAAAAUAAUGUGUUCUUUGUGAAUUUUGGGUUUGUAAAGCUUGUAUCAAGCCAGGAUGGGUUCUUAAUCAAUAUAAUAAAUCCACAACUAAGUGUGGAGAUGGCAUAGUUGUUGAUCCAUAUGAGUAAUGUGACAUGGAAAUAAUAUUCAAUAUGA